AUGACUGAGGAUUUCGAAGACGCUGGACAGCGAUAUGCCUUCCUUCUGCGUCCUGUUAAGGAUCUAAGCAAAAAUUUUGAAAUUAACAUCGCAAAGGAACUCGACGAUUAUUGUCAGCAACUUAGGAACGCUGCUGAAAAUGAGGAGUAUGGCGUUGAUAAUCAGCACAGGUUCAACUUUGCGGAGGCAGCAAUGCUCAUACAGGGAUCAGCUUUCGUGUUCGGACGGAAGGUGGACUACGUACAUUCUCAAGCUCUUCAUUUCUUCGAAGCCUUGAAACCUCAGAAAUCAAAGAAAAAGAAGAAAGCAGGAGAUGAUGAUGAUGAAGGAUUCGUAGACGACGAUGGAGCUCCACUUGAUCCUUGCGAUCUUCUAGAUUUCACUAACAUAAAAUGCUGCAUUCCAAAUUCUCUUUAUAAGGACUAUCAUAAGUGUAAAUUCAAGGGAAAACCCCCAAAAAUAACCGUAAUGCCCAUGUCGUUGAUGCCUUUGUCUGAUGAUGAGAAAAAUGGCGUUUUGAUCUAUUCCACAGGCUAUAGACAGGAAAUUGUUGGCAAAAUGGAUGAUUUCAAAAUGAAUGCUGGUUUUUUGAAUAAUGACGGAGUGCUGCUUCUUCAACUCGCUCAUAAUAAAAUAGUGAAUGAUUUCGCUAGUGAAGCGUUUCUUCGGUUGUGGCAUCCCUAUUUGUUUGCAAAUCCCGAAGAACCAAAAAAUCCGUUAGAUUCACAACGGAAUGAUACGGAUUCUGGCCGAGGGACACCAACAGAAAACGCGAAUAUAGAUGCUGGCAGAGCAUCUAGUGCUAUCGAAUUGGCUAGAAGAGCAACAUCCGGAACUAUCACCGAUUUGCAUUCCGCAAGGCCAAGCACUUGCCUUCUGGAAGCUCCGGAGACUCAGUCACAAAAGAUGGAAGUUGAUGAUGGGGGAGAUGAUGGUGGCGCAUGCUGUUAUGAUGACGAGUUUGAUACGGCUGCAAGUAUGCACAUUCCUGAACCAGAAGCUGUUUCUAAGCGUCAAUCUCGAAUGCAAAAGCAGCAACCACGAAUCACUCCUUGGGAGACAACUGAUGAGGACUUGGAAAGUGACCCCACAGAAAAUCUCAGUGUUGAUCCGUUUACGAGUGUGCAAUGGAAAACGAAACCUGUAGAGACGAUCAAACGCUUCAUUAAGGGGACGGCGAUUGCGACGAGAUUGGAAAAGGUGGAGAAGGCUACAAUGACCUUCCAGAAACAGACUAUGCAGACAAAUGAUUACGUAAGAGAGCACUUUUACAUGCGUAAGAAGCAUAAAACUAGCAAGGGAGAUGACUGGCAAGCAGAUGCCUUAUAUCGCUUUAUCCUUGCUGUCAUGAAGAGAAGAGCGGAAGCUAAGCGGGAGCGAAAGGCGAAAGCCCGGCCAGCUAUUGAAGCCGUCUAUAACGAGGAUCUGGACGAUGGAGGCAAUAUCGAUGAUGAUGGGGAUAUUGACCAGGGAAACAACGAAAAUAUACCACCGAAAAACGUAGCAGGUCAUGGAGAUUCGGAAACAAACUUUCUAGGAAAAGAGGGCAACGUAGUUGAGGCACAAGAUGUCGUUUCCGCGGAGCCACUGAAGUUCGGUGACAUCGAAGACGAUGACUUGCAGAAUUCUAUAGAUAUUAAUUCUUUAUACGGAGGUUGUCAACCUAGCGGAGAGACCCAGUGUCACGACGACGGCCAUCCGCAUACAAGAAAACACAGCCUACUAGCUCUCCUCCAUGAACACAUGCUGAAAUUUUGGUCAACCACCGAAGAAGUUACGUCUGAGCUGGUGACUCGCGUCCAGGAAUGGGAGGAUACAAUGAUGCCAAUACUUGAGGAAGAAGAAACACGGAAGGAGUUCGAUAUCCACGAAUAUGGUGAUGAGCUACUCAAUAUGUUCAAAGAAGUAGGCGAAGUGAAAACUAUUGACGAACUAAUGGAAGGGAGGAAGAGAUAUGAGAUAAGUCGAUAUUUUCUUGCGUGUCUGAUGAUGGCGAACACAUACAACGUGAAAGUGGAGGAUGAAGUGCGGACGGACGGUGUUGGGCGACAGCUGAACACUAUGAGAGUCACACUCCUGAAAAGAGACCGACAUCACGAAGUAUUCGAUCAAGCUGGAGCUUUAUAG